AUGGCUGCCUCGACGCGAGCAAUCACGCCGACGCCUACCGGCCCAUUUACCACUCACAAUGGGCCCAAUACCCCAGGAUCCGCCGCGCGCAACUCUCACGGCGGAGCAACCUUUGGAACCCAUCUCACAAAGUCGCCUGGCGGUCUUUCACCGCGACUCUCGCCGCAGCCGCUCACCGGAGCCGCUGCCAUGGCUGAUGAGCGCCGCUUCCGCGAGCAGUCUGCGCGACAGAUGAGCCCUAAUCCCGCUGUCGCCGCGCUGCAAAGCCUGAAUGGCAGCGUCCAGCCGAUAAGCCACCCUUCGGACGCUCCACAACAGUCGGCAUCGCCAAACAACAAGGCCGACAGGACGACGAAGCCGCUCAUCACCAUUCCCGAGCAGAUCAACGUCACAGGCGACAACAUGCAGACGAGCCCAGUCAGCCUCUCGAGUUUUGGCGAUGGUGACGCGCCGAACGCGCCGGGUGCUUCUGCUGCGGAGGGUGCCUCAACCAGUAAUACAGGUCGCGAGGGCGCGCCCCAGCAACAACCACCCCAGCACCAUCACCAGCAUCACCACCAGCUCAUCGCCCCAAACCCUGGAGAUAACCCGGGCAACCGCGCCUUCACAUUCCCUGGGCCAUUGCCUCCGGAGCCAGACCCACGCGCCCCGGCUCGCCAAAUGAGUCUUCCGGGAUACGGUCAAAACACGCCCAAAUCGCCUUCCACAAAGCGUCACAAAUGCCCAUAUUGCUCAACUGACUUUACUCGCCACCACAAUCUCAAGAGCCAUCUACUAACCCAUAGCCAAGAAAAGCCUUAUGAGUGCCCCACCUGUCAGGCGCGUUUCCGUCGUUUGCAUGAUUUGAAACGCCACACGAAACUGCAUACUGGUGAGCGUCCACACACGUGCUACAAGUGUGGUCGCAGAUUUGCACGUGGCGAUGCGCUUGCGCGACACAAUAAGGGUCAGGGUGGCUGUGCGGGCCGUCGCUCUAGCUUCGGCAUGGAUGACGAUCUCGGGGAUAAAGGUGACGAAGGCAUGGAUGGUGUCAUCUAUACUGGCGAGCCUGAUGGAGAGGGUGACGAAGACGAAGAUGGCAGUCGGCGCGUCAGUGAGCCGGCGCGUAAGAGACAAAACACUGGGAACUCUACCCAAGGUUCGUAUUCUCACCAUUCCAGCACUUAUCCGCCUAUUGCUGCGAACCGAAGCUCGAGUAGCCAGAACAACUUGCGCCCCUAUUACCCAGGGUCUUCUGCGCAGCCGACUGACGUCUCGCCCAAAGCAGCUCCUACCAGCAUCUCGUCGAUUCAGAAUGCAAACACCCAAUCCAAUGUCUUCGCCCAGGGUGGUAUGACGGAAAGCCCAAGGCCAUUGUCGCCAGGCCAGCAGGAGCAGCAUCGUUUGGGUGCGCCCGAAAGCAGUCUCCCUGGCUCACGGUCUCCCAGCCUGUCGCAUCACAUGCACCAGCAGCAGAACUAUGCUCGCGGGAGGGGAACCCCUCCCGUUGGCCUGGCCCCGCCCAGUACAAGCAACGGUCCCCAUCUGCCCUCUCUACCCGGUCUUAGCCCUAUGCCCCUAAACAGGGCUCUCAAGGCGGAAAAAGCAAUGGUCCCACCGGGCAGCAUGUCCAGCCAUGGUGGUAGUGGCAGCAGCAUGCGUGAAGUCAUGGGUAACCAGGUCGAUGUAUGGCAGUACGUCCGCGAGAUAGAAGCUCGCAUGGCACGAAUGGAGAAGGAACACAACGACAAGAUUGCCACACUGCAAAAUGAGAUCACAACGCUCCGGGCCCAAUUGGCUCAGCAGCAUGUUAAUAACACGCAGGCCCAUCAGCAAGGCCAAUAG